GCGGGGCGUGCAGCCACCCGCGCCUGCGCGCUGCGUAGUGCGGGCCCCGCGCGGUCCCGCCAUGUCGCCGCGCAAUGGCCGCCGCACCGGCGCCCACCGGGCGCACUCGCUGGCCCGGCAGUUGAAGACGAAGCGGCGCCGCCGCGAUCUGGACGAGAUCCACGGGGACCUGAAGCCCGAGAACGCCGCCCGGCUGCUGCGGCAGGAGCCCGACCCCGACCUGCCGGGCUGCGCCCAGUUCUACUGCCUGCACUGCGCGCGCUACUUUGUGGACCUGACCAGCAUGAAGGAGCAUUUCAGGUCCAAGGUGCACAAGAAGAGGCUGAAGCAGCUGCGGGAGGCCCCGUACACGCAGGAGGAGGCAGAACGCGCCGCCGGGAUGGGCUCCUACAUCCCCCCCAAGAAGGUGGAGGUGCAGACGCAGCCACUCGAUGAAGUCGUGGCCAUGGAGGCCUCCAGCUGAGCGCGGACUGAGGGCCCGGGCGGCUCCGUGAAAGCAUCUUUGUCCUCAGCUUUGUGAGAAGAACAUGCCCCAGCGAGCAAACAUGCUCCUCCUGGCAGCCCUCGUCACUGGAGCGCUAAUGAGGAGAAGGAGCCAGCGAGGCCCUGACUGCCCUCACUACGUGUCCUUCUUUUCGGGGAAGGGACAAGCCGCUGCUUCCCCAAGCGCCGCCGUGACUGUAUGCCCGUCUCUGCUUUUAGAGCCGUUUUAGGCUUCUCUCUGUGGGCCAGGGGUUCACCCUGGUGAGUCACCCAUUAAAAUAUGUCAACCACCA